UCCGUCAAGAAAGCCCCCACAGGAAGCAUGAGUUUCAGUUCUACGUCAAUCUACAGUUAGCUUUAGCACUAGGUUUUUAUUAAUUUCUCCUCACUUAAGUUUAGAUAUUAUUGUCGAUCUAUAAGAACAUGGCGAAUCCGAAUUGUUCACUGAAAGUGAACAGAGAUCUACUGGAUCCCAGCUUUGAAAGUUACAGACUCUCCUUAGACUCCAUCCCAUGCUAUAAUGUAGACCUGGAUGCUGUGGUGGCCGAGGUGAAACUGAAAGACAGUCAGUACACUCUGGACCACAUGAAGGCUUUCGGCAUGUACAAUUACCUCCACGCUGAUCCAUGGUAUGAAGAGAGUGUUUACUUCAUUGACUGCAAGGGAAGAGUGCUCAAUAUGAAGGUCACGCUGGACACAGCACUGGGGAAACCUCGAGAGGUGUUUCGGAUGACCUCUGACCCCAGCCCACUUGAGGGCGAAAGGCUUUGCGCGUCUCUGAGUCUGAGCUCUGCUACCUGCGCUGCCCUCUCGGACGGGGCCGGCUCUCUGACCCUGUUACGCACCAGCCAGAGAGGAGAGAGCUCUCAUCUAAAGUGGGAACCCAUGUUCAGCGAGUCUCUCGGGGAGCCUUUCAUCAUCCUGAACAGCAUUUCCCACGUCCAGGCAGGGGUUCAUGCGAUCGAGCUGCUGCUGCUACGUAUCCAGAAAGAUCCAGAUGAUGAUAGCAAAGGCAGCGGAUUUUCCACCACGCUGGAAUGGGUUACUGUGGAUAACUUUGCUGGUGAGCAUGAUGGUCAAGAAAAGAAGUAUGAAGUGAGGAAAAGGAGGUUGAUGAAGGGCAAGUCAGUACCUCACUACGCUGCUGUGGAGCCUCAGGGGAAAGGGGUGAUGGUGGCAUCAGAAAAACCCUUUACCUUUACACAGGUGGAUGGCGUUCCUCUGGAGGACACGUCACCUGAAGACAUGGAGGUGGACAACAGCGAGCCCGUGUACUAUUGGCAGCAGACUGAAGAAGACGUCACGGUGUGCGUCCGUUUGCCUGAGGGCACGACGAAAGAUGACAUCUGCUUCAAGCUCUUCGUAGACAGUGUGUGUGUGGGUGUGAAAGACUAUGCACCUCUGUUACAGGGGCAGCUUUUUGCUCCUGUGGACCCUGAGGCCAGUGUUUGGACCAUUAAAGAUGAGAAGAGUCUGGAGGUACAUCUGCAGAAGCGCAGUGAGGGGCCGCUCUGGUCCGAGCUGGUUUUGGGUGAUAAGAGAGGACAGUACAUUGUGGAUGAGGAACAAGCUGCACAGCUCCAUCAGAGACUCGCGUACCUCACUGCUGAAGAACUGAAUGCUAACCCGGAGAAAGAUAAACCUCCAUGUAAUGCCCAGGAACUGGAGGAUUGUGAUGGCUUUCCUGACGAUAGUUCAACACUCAUGCGGUUUGAUGGUGCCACCUUGAAGCCCACCCAUGUGGUGAACCUUGGUAGCCACCAGUACCUUUUCACCGUAGACGUGAAUCCAUCUGAAAUGCCGGCUUUCUGUCUACGGCAUGAUGUUGACGCCUUGCUGUGGCAGCCGCGUCCCGAGCAGCCUGAUGCAUUGUGGGAACACAUCGCCACCUUUAACGCACUGGGUUAUGUACAGGCUUCGAAGAGGGAUAAAAAGUUCGCGACAUGCGCCCCCAAUUUCUCAUAUGCGUCCCUUGCAGAGUGCGUAAGGCGAGUUUUCAUCUACCGUCAGCCGUCAGCCGUGGACACGGUGCUCUUCAAUCGCAAACAAGGCCGCCAGAUUGGUCAGAUUGCCAAGCAACAGGUAGCCAGUCUGGAGUCUAACGAUCCUGUGCUGGGCUUCAGGGCUACUAAUGAGAGACUGUUCAUUCUAACAUCCAAAAAUAUGUUCAUCCUCAAGGUGAAUAACUAAAAAAAAAAAAAAGGAGGUAUGAGAUAGGAGUGUUAAUGAAUCAAGUGUACCUUAAGCUCAAUUAGCAAAUGGUGUCCAAAUAUUGCAUGCUACUGGAGCUGCUUGUUAGGUAAUGUAAUAGAUAAUAAUUAACAUCAUGCAAA